AUGGCGUCCAUCGGGAAUGUCCCUGGCAGCUUGUGGGAAAAGGCUUUCCAACUACUGGAUUCUGAUACACAAAAGGGAUUAGGUCCGUCCAAGACGAAUAGACGUGAUGUUCUGGUUAGUAUCGCCCCCGAGCCUCUGAAUCGAUCAUCUGGAUCAUUCGCUUAUUAUCAUUUCCCUGAACAGAGCGCGGUACUCCAAGAGGUCGAAAAAGCGAGGGAUUUGGCCCUACGGAAGAGAUGGAAGUUCACAAAGCCCAACGGCGACGUAGUGAUCGUUAGAGAUGUGAUGGAGAAGAUCGCAGGAUGGAUUCAACGUUUCAAGGAGACCGGCGAUGCGGCAGUGCAAUAUGACCCUGCUCAUGCUGCAUUGCCUUGGGCGGCAUUUAGGUUCUUGUUGCAAACCACAGUGUCUGAAGUUCAAGUAUUCACCGCAGUAGCCACAGACCUUGAAGACAUUGCUCGAAGACUCGCGAGGUAUCGCAUGAUCGAGAAGCUCCACGUGCGCGGGAUACAGUCCGAUAUAGAAAGGGAGGUAGAGCGCGCUUUGAUCCGCCUCUAUGCAGAGAUCCUGACCCACUUGAGCUACGCUGUGAGGUUCUACAGUAGAAAGAACAAUCAGUAA